AUGGCUGAGCUGAAGCUAUGCUUGUGCUCAAGUAGCGAUCUCCUCGUCUUGUGCUUCUUGCUCCUCGGUGUACAUGUCCAUCAUGCGACCGCCAUCUCGUUCAACUACAACUCCUUCAGCUCCGGUGAUUUCCGAGAGGAGGAUGACGCGAUGGUCACCGACGGCAGGAUUGAGCUCGUCGGCGACGAGGCCGGCGGUCGAGCAAGGGGCCGCGUCCUGUACAAGCAGGCGGCGCAGCUCUGGGACGGCGUCAAGGGCGAGACGGCCAGCUUCACCACGAGCUUCAACUUCAGCAUCCAGUCCCUGCCUGGCCGGAGCAGCACCCCCGGGCACGGCAUGACGUUCUUCGUCGCGCCCUACAUGCCCGAAAUGCCGCAGGAGUCCUACGACGGCUGCCUUGGGCUCUUCGACGAGAAACAUGUUCCGGAAAGCGGGACGACGGCGAUCUCCGCCAACGCCUCCGGCAGCGCCAGCUUCGUCGCCGUGGAGUUCGACACCCACCGUGACGCGUGGGACCCCAGCAGCCGGCACAUCGGCGUAGACGUCAACAACGUCGACUCACGCGGCAACUUCAGGAUCUUGCCGGAAGGCAGCCUCGUGGACGCCGGCGUGAUUUCUUCGACGGUGAACUACGACAACGCCACGGCGAGGCUGAACGUCGUCCUCCGCGUCAGUGGCGCCGAGUAUGCCCUCGGCGCUACCGUCGACUUCCGAAGCUUGCUGCCGGAGCAGGUCGCGUUAGGCUUCUCGGCGGCCACCGGUGAUGCCUUCGGCAGCAGUCACACGUUACUCUCGUGGUCCUUCCACUCCACGCUCCCGACAAGGAACGGCACUCCCCUCCCAUCUACCUCGCCGUCGUCAACCAAGAAGGCCACCCUACAACUCAGAGCCGGGGUUGCCGCCGCGGCCGUGCUGGUGCUCCUGCUCGCGGUCGCCGUGGCGGUGCUGCUCCGGCGUGCGAGCAGGAGAAACAGGCAACCAGACGACAAAGACAUGCUCGCCGGCGACAUGACUCCGGACUCCCUCGACGCAGACGGCGAUGAGUUCGGUUCCAGCACGGGACCCCGGCCGAUCCCGUACGCCAGCCUAGCGGCGGCGACGCGGAACUUCGCGGAGGAAGGGAAGCUGGGGCAGGGCGGAUCCGGGUCGGUGUACCGGGGCCACAUGAAAGAACUCGGCGGCCGCGAUGUCGCCGUCAAGGUGUUCCUGCGAGGGGCGUCCUUGGAGGGGAGGAAGGAGUACAGGUCGGAGGUCACCAUCAUCAGCAGACUGCGCCACCGGAAUUUUGUGCAGCUAAUCGGCUGGUGCCAUGGCCGCAGGCGGCUGCUGCUGGUCUACGAGCUCGUCCACAACGGCAGCCUCGAUGGGUACCUCUACAGCAACAGCAAAAACGACGUUCUGACUUGGCAAGUUAGGUACGCAUGCUUCGAGCCACGUGCACAUCCAUGUCAUUCCAGUCGCAUUCUUUACUUACUUUUCUACCUCGACUAA